AUGGGCGUUAAAUGGGAUGAAGAAAAAUUGGAGGAAAUUGAAGCGAAUAAACCGGUGAGAAUGAAGAUCACCGAGCCAAAGACACCAUAUCAUCAUCCUAAAAUUGAUGAUGAUGAUAAUUUUGAGGAAUAUGGCAAUCGUAGCGAUGAUGUGGAUGAUGACAUGGCAUCAUGUUCAAGUAAAAAUAUAUCUGACGAUCCUCGUAAAAAUGGUGAUGAUGAUGAUGAUGAUAAUGACGUUGUUGUUAUGAAUCAUGCUGAUGUUGAUGCUGAUGAAGAUUCUGACGAAUCGGAGAGGAAAAGGAAUUUCAUAGAGCAUAGAAGAGGUCAUUAUGAUGAAUAUAAGAGAAUCAAAGAGCUACAAAGAAAUGGAUCUCUUCUUCAAGAAUUUGAUGAUGAUGAUGAUGAUAAUAAUAAUAAUAUUAUUGAUGAUGGUGUUAAGGGCAUAGAAAUUGGGGAAGAAAAGGAAGAUACUUCAAAAUAG